GCAUAUUUCACUUUACCACAAUAAACAAAAAUUUUUCUGUAAUUCCGUAAUUAUUCUCCUCUCACUCGUAUUAAUUAAUGAAUUAAUCAGUGGCAAAGCCCCUGUCACGCGAAGAGCAAUAGCUUGAUUCAAGAUUUAAAGAGAAGAAUUGAAAAAACAACUCCUUAAAAAUUGCAUUUCAUUAAAAUGACAGAGAAGAAUUAAAAAAACAACUUAAACAUAACGUCUGAUUAAACAUCGAUAUAUCGACCCACAAAAAUCGAUAAUCGAAAUGGUCGAUAUCCCUCGAACUUCCAGUUCGACACUUUUUUGACAGUCCAGGCAGUCGCAUAUUUCACUGUACCAGAAUAAACAAAACAUUUUCGGCAAUUCCGUAAUUAUUCUCUUCCCACUCGCAUUAAUUAAUGAAUUAAUCAGUGUCAAAACCACUGACCCGCGAGGAGCAAUAACUCGCCGUGAUUGUUGUCAAUAACAAACCCAACGUUCAGUUCCAGUGGAGUGGAGCAUUUAUUCAAGUGAUGUGUGGCAAUUGAAUGAUUCGAAAAGUUCAUAAACAAUUAAUAACAGGGAAUUGUCAACAACAGUCGUCGCGUUGAAGGUAAAAAUAAAAAAAGUUCUCGAUGAAAUGUCGGAAAAAUCACGUAAACUCAUAACGAGGUUUCAUCCGAGCCAUGGGACGAAUAUAAUUCUUUACGAUGACAAUACAGUGGCCUAUCGCAAAGCUAGCUUUGCAGAUGCCCUGACAUUUAGCGAAAAGCCACUCCAGCCUGGUGAGAUAUUUCUCCUGGAGAUUGAGAAGCACGAGAGGGGGUGGAGUGGACACAUGAGGUUAGGACUCACGCAGAUUGAUCCUAGGACUGUUGAUAGGAAUGGGAUUCCGCAGUAUGCAUUGCCGAAUAUGGUGAAGAUGGGACAGAGCUGGAUCUUCGCUAUCACGAGCUGUCCGAAUGUUAAUAUCGAGGGAAUCACACGAUAUGGUGAAAGUAUACUCCUCCAAGAGAGAAAACUAAAAACCGACGGUGUAACAGUGCAAACAUCGAGGGGAUUGAUUCCCUACGCUGCACUGACCCCCAACCUAGCCCAGAACGACAUUUCCCAGGACCCUCUGCCCACAGAGACUGGGAGUAGAAUUGGAGUGAUGUAUGUGCCUCAGGCCGGGACAGAUCUCGCUGAGAUGCAUUUUAUUAUUAAUGGAGUGGACCAGGGGGUCUGUGGCAAGGACAUUCCGUACAGAGAGGGGCCUUUGCACGCUGUUGUCGAUGUCUAUGGGACUACCAAGCAAGUCAGGAUUGUUCAACUCUACGGUGUCUCGACACUUCAGAGUGCCUGUCGUGACGCCAUCCUUCAAUACACAAAGCUAAACGCAGUCGAUUCAUUGCCAUUACCCCAAAUACUAAAAGAUUUCCUACUGUAUCAAAAUCAAGAGUCACAGUGAUCGAUCCAACAAGCAAGAUAAUAGAAGACAAUGGAAUUUUUGUAAGAGUUAAGCAUGAUAAAACCAGGCAGGUCCUAAUCUCAUUAUCCUUCAUUUUCUAACAAUGCGGUAUUUUCUUCUUGUUACUGAUAUUAUUUGAUAUUUAUAUUAUUAUUCCAAAUUACACGAUCUCAAAUUGGUCGUGAACAUGUGGAUCUUUGACACGUGGUUCGUACUCUGGGAAGAACAGCCAUUCUGUUGGGUUUGAUUCGUUUUUUCUUUCGUUGAUUGGAGGAGUUACGGAAUAUUCAGGUGGGUCAUCAGCAUCUCCUCCGCGGAAAUCGAUUUAUUUCUUUGUCUUGUUUGAAAUCACUUGAAUCAAGUGAAUUUAUCGAAAGACGGUCUCUUCUCAGUGUGAUUAGCGUUUGGUGGGAAAUUGUAGUAUGACGAAAGUAUGAAGAAAGAUACGUAAAAGUAGAUGAAACUGUGCAUUUUUUAAAAUAAAGUCUUUUUUCU